AUGCCAAAAGACGCGACAGAGUCUUUAAUAGACCACUCUGGGUACACCAAGCCUGAGGGAAAGCCAGUCAUGCAAAGAGCAUCUAAACGCGAAAUACCAACAAAAAGUGAAAUCAGUUCUGAGGCUAGUGGAUCACAGGAAGAAGAUCCGCCUAUAUCUCGUUCCUCACUCAAUGCUCCGUCAGUCAGACAUUUAUCACCUGGUGAUCCAAAUAAUGAACCCUCUGCUAGUAAAAAAAGUCGAGUUGAACUCGAGGUUGCACAGAAAUUACUACCAAUCCAUGAUUCAGCGUAUCAUUCUAAUGAGCAGCAACCACCUAACUGUCUACCUGCCAAUCCUCACAAUCCAGUCACUUCUAAUUCUGAAAUAUUUCCUAAACCGGCGAACGGGUACAACUGGGAAAUGUCGCAUAUUCAAAAGCAUCAUGUGAACACCCAUGAAAAUUUGACAGAAAAAUGUAUUUUACCGGAUCAUCCUGAUCUAUUAUCACCAACGCCUAUUGAGAAAAUAAAGGGGAUGGCAACUAAAACAAUACAAUUUGCUACUGGAAGUAUUAUCGUCACAGAUAAUUGUUUAGAAGAAUAA